ACAAGUAUCUCGUUGUUCUCUUUAGGAACUCACAGGAAAAUGAGCCACAAACAGUGACGUUAACGGUAACAGUCACGUUAACGGACAUACAGCUGUUUGUGUGCGCUCAUUCGCGCGCGCUCCCUCCCUCAUUCAUACACACACAUCACUACGGUCGCAGCACGCGCUCUCCGUUACAUCUGUGUGAGAGGUUAGAAGGCUAGCUAACGCGGGUUCACCUCUGUUGUUACAGCGUUAAAACAGUGUUUUCUCGCGUUGUUAUGUGUAAAGGUGGUUGUCUUUGAAUAACGGAUAAUCUCAAUUUCCCCUCGGCUGACCGGGAGCCGCCAUGGAAUGUCGUGUUCUGUCCAUACAGAGCCACGUAGUCCGGGGAUACGUGGGCAACAAGAGCGCCUCUUUCCCAUUACAGGUUUUAGGGUUUGAGGUGGACUCGAUCAACUCUGUGCAGUUCUCCAACCACACAGGUUAUUCUCACUGGAAAGGCCAGGUGUUGACAGCUGACGAGCUGCACGUUCUUUAUGAGGGAAUCAAACUGAACAAUGUUCAUCAAUAUGACUAUGUAUUAACAGGUGGAUAUUUGUCUUCCUACCUUCACUGUGGGUAUACUAGAGACACGUCCUUCUUAGAGAUGGUGGUGGACAUUGUUCAGGAGCUAAAGCGAGCCAAUCCUAACCUGGUUUAUGUAUGUGACCCUGUCCUUGGUGAUCAUGGAUCCAUGUAUGUUCCUCAGAAUCUUUAUCCAGUCUACAAGAAUAAGGUGGUUCCUGUUGCAGACAUUAUUACUCCUAACCAGUUUGAGGCUGAAUUACUAACAGGGAAAAACAUCAGCUCACAGAAAGAUGCUGUGGAGGUGAUGGACCUUCUACACGCCAUGGGGCCAGACACAGUCGUUAUUACUUCCUCCGAUCUUCCCCCUAGACUGGGAGACCGCUUCCUCGUGUCACUGGGCAGCCAGCGUCAUGUUCGUCCAGACGGAAGCAGGACGACACAGAGAGUUCGAAUAGAAGUUCCCAAAGUGGACGCCGUCUUCGUAGGAACUGGAGAUCUGUUUGCAGCUAUGCUGCUCGCAUGGACACAUCAUUAUCCCAAUGACCUAAAGACGGCCUGUGAAAAGACCUUUUCAGUGAUGCAUCAUGUUAUCCAGAGGACCAUAUCUUACGCUCAUGAGUUGGCAGGUCCCGGUCGGAGGCCCAGUCCACCCCAGCUGGAACUGAGGAUGAUUCAAAGUAAAGCUGACAUAGAAGAUCCUGCUAUAGUAACGGAGGCCACCAUCAUAUCCUAACAUUAACAUCCCAUGAGACUCACACUAACCCUCCUCACCCAUCAACCUCUAAAACACUGUAUCUCAGUAAAAAUAAUGCUGUUUAGCUUCAACACGUCAUCAUCCAGACCUCUCAAACACCUUAGUAUUGUAACACCUCCCUCCUGUUACCCUGAAACCUUUACUCCUUUAAGUCCUCAGUGUUGUGACUGCUUAAACCAAACCCCUGAACUGUAACUACCGAGUUGUUUUGCCCUGACCCUGUUCUGGAACCAGAGCCAUAAAUAGACUGAAGGUUUGAUCUGGCUGGACUGUAACUGCUUAUUCUGACAACGAUGCAGUUAUAAACCUAAUAUUCAGUGCUGCACUCAUUUGGAAGUUAAUUACACAAGCAUAAUUAAUACACAGUUAAUUGCAAAAGUUUUCGCAGUUCUUACUUUUUCUUCAUAUUUUAGAUGCGUUUCCAUUAUGGGUUCCUCUGGAGACACAGAUCUCCACCUUCAGUUUAGGGUCCAUUUAAAAUUCCUAGCUCUACCCUGCAGGGUUGUUAAUGGGGUAGACUUCUACCCACUUUAGAUUCUGUCCAGGUUCCUAGUGGGGAAAACUACCCCAGAAAAUGAUCCGAGUUCCUGAAAAAGGUCUUUUGUGACGUUACAAUCACAAACGUUAGUAUAUUUUAGAACAAUAAUUCACAUCCAGAUAAAAUUACUGCAAUUCUCACUACAAAUGUCUUGAUCAGUAAUCACUGGUGUUUACUAAAUGUUAAAUGGAAAAGCACCAGAUAGAGCAUAUUAAGAUAGAGCAUAUUACACCUGCUCUAGCCUCCCUACACUGACUUCCUGUGCAUUUCAGGAUCCAGACCAAGGACCACAGCAGACAGGUCAGGGAGAAAGUUGUGGAGAAGUUCAAAUCAGGGUGAGGUUAUAAAACUAUAGCCCAUCUGAAAAGUUAAAAACUAUGGUACAACUGCAAACCUACCAAGACAUGGAGGUCCACCUAAACUGACAGGUCCCACAUGAAGAGCAUUAAUCGGAGAAGCAGCCAAGAGGUUUUGGCCCUUGAGGAGUUGUGGAAAAGAUGGAUGAAAACCUAACCAAAAUGAGCUAAAUACAAAUGUACACCACACUUUUUAGAUUUCUAUUUGUAAAAAAUUUGGAAAGCCAUGCGUCAUUUUUCCUUCUACUCCACAGGUAUCAACUAGACAUCAUGUGGGUUUUUCACAUAAAAUCCUAAUAAAAUACACUGAGGUCUGUGGUGACACAAGACAAAAAAGUAUGAGGGGUAUUCAUACCUUUGCAAGACACUGUAAGAUGCUACAAAACAAGACAUUUUGUUUCAGUUCCAGGUCGAUUAUUGUUCUCCUAGUAGCCAGCAAGGUCAUGAUGCACAAAUCUGAAAUUUAUUGUAACAUUCAAGAAGAAAAAAUAUGCAGCAUAUUUAAAGUGAAACCCAAACACUCUUGAACUUCUCUGUUCAUCCCUGCUAGUAUUGCACUCAGUGGUCCUCCUAGCAUGGAGUAGUGCUUCUGCUGGAUCCCACUGAUCAAACGCUCUAUCUAUGGCUCUUUCCUCCUGUUAUUUUGAGCUCCCCCCAGUCUUACAGCAGUGACGUAAUGGUGACCAAGUCUAACCCCCGAGAACCCUCAAAAACAUAAAGAAAAAAAAAACGCACAAUGUAUAGUUGAUGUAUAGAUGUUGUACUAUAAUUGUAUUGGACCAUCUGUAUGAUAUUGCUAUUGUACUAUAGACCAGAUGCAGAACAUUAUCACUAAGCAGAGACAUCUGGGCUGGUUGUGGUACAACUGGACACAUCAAGUCAUUGUAACUUCUUAGUAACUGUCUAAUAGUCAUUGUGUAAAGUUGAGCUUAUUUCAUAUAAAGAAAACUGGGCAGUUAGAGCUGUUCUGGCCCGAUCGGCCUCCACGGUGCCAUAACCACCCCACAUCAAGUCGGCCAGUUAACGGCCCAGUUCUGACCCAGAACCUUGUAUCCAUAGGUUGUCCCAGAAAUCCUCAGAAAGUUUGUUUAGUUGUCUUCAAGUGCCACUGCUGCCAUUAUGGAUUUGAUUUAGACAUGCUGCCAUUAGUUGUAUAGUACUUUCUGACUUAAAUUAUUUAUAUUAUCUUCAUAAUUAACUGCAGAUAGUGGCUUUGUUAUAGCUCAACACCUGCCUCCCAUUUAGUAUUAUUGAUGUGUGAGUACAACAAUCAGCUCAACCUAUGCUAUUUACUGCAGCAGCUCAGACGAGCACAUAUGAGUCUGCAGUUUGCAUCCACAUCAGAAAACGAUGCCCCAAAAUAACUAUGAUGAAUAUGUGAGUGUUGACGUUGUUUGAUCAUGUCCCAUCAAAACUGAUCUGAAGGAGUUGGCUAUACAUGAGAAUUAGAUAAAAACCAACACAUUUGAGUUUUAACUCUGAUUUCGAGAAAACUAAUUGAACUUUUCUAUUAUUUUUGGGGGUUUCACAGACCAGAGCGGUGUUUGGUUGGCUAGAUGCAAUUGCAAUCAUUUAAGAAUAAUUCAGUCUAGCUUUCACUGAACGCUGAAACCAUAUCCUGUGCUUGUCUCCAUCUAAAGUCUCAAUGGAUGAAGGUUUCAUCUCAAACUGAAUCUCUGUUCAGAAUAGAAUAAUCUGUUUGUAGUUUUACCAGUCUUGGCACUUUUUUAGAUUUCUGAUUUAUUUAAAAACAGUAACAUGAUUGAGGGGAAUCCUGGAUGAGGAUAUGACCCAAAAUCAGAAACUGACACUCAUCCCAAGUAUAAACGAUCCAGCUGUGCAAAGGUCCUGAAGCAUAUUUUCCUUAUUUGUCCUUGUUUUAAUGUGUCAAUAUCAAUGUGAUAUCAUAGCAAUAAUCAAAGAAAAAAUGAGUAAAGCCAAUUUUUACCAAAGUCAAUAAUAUUAACUAAGGUAUGGGCAAAGUUUAAGGGUUAAUGUUUUAAAAAUAUUUAUUAGAAAAUUAUACAUUAAAGUCAGAGGCUUUAGAAAGUUAAAUAAACUUUAAGAAGCUUUCGAAGUCCCACCCAAGUGGAUAUAAGGUUCUGGGCAGGCUUGUAAUUGUGUACUGCUGUUGUGUCUCUAUGAAGUGUUCUGUGAUACUGCCUUAGGAAGCUAAGAUCAUAACACCACAAUCCCACGCAUCCAGAGAGAGGUGGAGGGGGGAGGGAAGGACGCACAAGUUGUCUUAAAUGUUAAGGCUUUCUGUUGUUCAUGAGACUGUAUACACCUGUCAACACUAAUGCCCUGAGAGGUUAGCUAAAUAAUAUAGCUUCUUCUAUGGUUUCAUACUCCUCAGUAUGAUCUAAAAAGUUUUCUACCCUGUGUUUUAUGACUAAAACGGGCUUAGGUUUUUGGCCAGGCAAUAUUAUUGAUAUCCAGAAGAGGGCACUGUGUACAAGAACAACAUGUGUUUGUUUGAUAUAGAAACAUUGAUUUAAUAUUUUAUUAUUUCAGCAAACUGUAUUUUUUAAAAUGGUAACAAAAAAUCAUUUUUGUUAAACAAUAAGGAUAAAUUUCGAUUUUGGAGGUAUAACUGCUAAACUUUGUUUUUCUUUUGCUGGCUAUGUAUAUUACAGUCUGGUACAUACAGGAUACCUAUCAGGGUACUUGAAGAAUACGUAACUACAAGAUACUUUAGGUCUUAUAUUUCAUUAAAACCUUUUAGAAAGUGUUACCAUGUAUGUGUUUGUUUCAAAUGUAUUGGAAACAUCCAAUUAGUCUAGGUUUCUUAAUUCCAAUAUUUAGAUGAACUCGGGGUAAGCAAAAAAAAAACAUUUUCCUGUUAAUAGUCAUUGUAAUAAUUAAAGAGAAACGUUUAAUUUAUAACGUAAAAGCGAAUAAAUCAAACUUAUAGAUUAAUCUACUGUACAACCAUGAUGAUAUGCAAGAACAGGAUUUAACUAGGGGGUAAGUCAAAACUCAACACAGCCAGCUACCUGUUGGUACCCUGUAUGUACCAGGUGGUUACCAAAUAGGUAGCAUGUAAGUACUCUAAGCACUGGCAAACAUGCCACUUUAUAAAACAGUUACCCUUCAAGUGACCCAUAAGUGUACCACUAGUAUCCUGUGGGUAAACCACAAGAACCAAAUAAUAUGCCGCCAAAUAAUAAAGCCCAGUCCCUGUAGGUACCCUGUGAUUAGCCCGAUAAGUGUCCAGUAUUUACCCAGUAGGUUACUUUUGUAGGAACCCCAUUAGGGCUAAAGCAAUUAAUUGGAUUAUUCAAUUAUUGAAGUAACUGCCAACUAAUUUAGUAAUGUAAUAAUUGUUAACUGGAGUAUACAAACUGUAAAACAUGCCAUUUGCUGAAAGAACAACCCACUCAGAGCAGUAAUUAAUCCAAAAUUUUACAAAAAUAUAUAAAUUCUGCAUUUAAGAUGAAAAACCUUCUCUGUAAAUAUGCUCUAUAGGUAACAUGGUGGUACCAUGUAAGUACCAUAGCUGCACUUAAAGUAACUGCACAGGUAUCCUGUAAUGUCCUGUAUGUAUGCUGUAGGUAGACCCACAGAUAACCUGUAAGUAAACCUAUAAGGACCUAGUAGUGAGCUGUUCAUUGUAGUCCUUUUAAAAGGCAAUACCUCUCCUCAAGUCAUAAACAUGAGAUGGAAAACUUUGAAAAAAUUAAACGCCAAAAUCAGAUUUGUUUUCCUUUUACCUUCUGGAAGUGUGACAUAAAUCAUUUGAUAUUAAACAGUGGUUUUAAAUGAUAAUUUUCCUCUUAUUGUUGCAUUUUCAUUAACCUGUUAACAGUUAAUUAAAAAAAGCUGAAAUUGUUUAAAUUCUUAUACAGCAUUUUGAGUUAACAUGUUUUUCUUUAUUAAACUGUUUGGAAAAAGUAUUCCUAACCAUCUAAAAUCAAGAAAAGUAGAAAAAAGAGCUAAGAAAUGUUUGAUAAAUCACUUAAAUGCAAAAUGAAAUUUGUUUCUUUUUGUAAAGUGACUUGCUUAUUUUUAAGAACAAAAUCAUAUUUUUAUUUCUCCUCAGUCUCAUCAGAUAAGACCCUCAAACAUUAGGUGUGGUGACGCCUCUUUGACUGAUGAUAAAAUGCUCAUUUGGUAAAACUGCAGAAGUUUCUCUGGAUGUCACAUUGUGCCACUGUAGCACUGAUUGUCUGAUCAGUAACAGACUGCUGUGUCUUUGUGGUUCGGACCAAAUGUCUCUCGGUUCUGUGACAAAUCUCUACUCUCUGAAUCUGCUGUGUUUUCGGAUCAGAACCUGUCAGCCUGUUGUGUCUGUGUGUGUGAGAGUGUUAACACAUGUUUAUAUUAAAGUCUAUGGUGACAGGGUCUAGCAUGUGUGGAGUGGGAGCUGUUUGAUUUUGACCAUUAGCUUCACCUGUUUGUAUAACGGAUCUAUCUCCUACCUUUCCUACUAAUUGUUCCUACUGGCCCUCCUCCUUGUUUCUGCCCUGUUUAUAUCUAUAUUUACUGUGAAUCCUAAUUUGGUUUUAAACUGCUUCUGCUGGCUGUAUUUUACCCCAAAACCUGGAUUCCGCUGCAUCAGCUAUUGUAGAAUAUGUUUUUUCUUCAGUGGCUUUGGUCUUGUUUAACAGAUUAUUAACAAAAAGGUGCACUUUUUGAAAUGUCUCAUCACUUUGAAAGCAUGAACCUGUCGACCCAAAAGCCUCCCUCUAUCCUAACCUGUAAAACAACCUAAAGAAAUGUGGUUUUUAGAGACCAAAUAAUGACAAUGUAGUUAUGUGGUGCAACUCUUUUUUCUGCAAUGACAUCUAACUCUCCACUUGCUGCAAAAUCAAGUUUAAACUUCUCAGAAGCUAUGCCAAAUGGUUUUUAAUAAGCAGAUAAAACAGAUCACCGGGUUUCCUACACAGUUAUGAAGGUGAAAGUGUGAAAUUUGCAUCUAAAAUGUCCUGAAAGUAUGGAAAAACAUUUCUAUACACAUCAUUACCCCCACUGCAAGAAUAAUGCAUUGUGAUUAUUAAAGUUAUAAUAGUGUUAUGUUAUUUAUUCCUAUUUUGAUUUUCAUACAUAGGCUUAAGCAGAAAUAUAAAACAAAUUUCUACUCAAUGUUACUCAAAGCGCUGUUGCCUUGCAGCAAGAACAUCCUGGUUUUGAAUCCCAGCCUUGGCUCUUUCUGUAUGCAGUUUACAUGUUCCCCCGAGCAUGUGUGGGUUCUCUCUGGUUACUCCGGCUUCCUUGUACAGUCCAAACACUUCACUAUUAUAUCAAUGUGUCUUUGUGUUGCCCUGUGAUAGAUUGGUGACCGAUCUAGGGUGUACCCUGCCUUUCACCCAAUGACCUCUGGAGACGGGCAACAGUAUGUGUUACCGGUAGAGUGACACUUAAAAUAUAGGCUGAUAUUAGCUGGGUAAAUAGUAGGGCUAUCUGCUCUGGUAGCAAGCCUGCAAUCCGCUGCUUGAUAGAUAUGCUGUGUGUAGCUUAUAACUGUAGUUUAAAAAUAAUGUAUCUAGAGAUGAACAAAUAAAACAUUUCCCAUGACAUACAGAUUUCCAGUGUUCUAUGAGGAGUAUUUUUUUCUAAGAGUAUAACAUAAAAUUGAAAAAAAGUCUUUCACACGUUCUUGGAUGAUAAUUGUCAUUUUGAAUCCAACAAAAACAGGAGGAAUUGCAAAAUUAUUGCCAUUUCUGUAUCAAAGCAUACGUCCUGAAAAUUGGUCUUGUAAAUGUUUUUCCAUACAUGUCAAAAAUGGUCUCGGAGUUGACAGAUGUUUAAGAAGUUGAGUUUUGAAAAGUCUGAAGUAGAAAAUGUGUUGGAACCCUGGUGCCCAAAUAAAUGGCCGCAAGGCCUUAUACAAUGGUUGUACGGCCACAAAUGCUGCUUCUGUCUGCUAUAAUGUGAAAAUAUCAUUGCUUAAACGCAAUUGAUAGAAUAUACAAAUCUAGAUGCAAAUGCCUAGAAUAUGUGGUUUUUUUUUACUUUUACACUGGUUUAGACAACCAUGCUCUAUCUGGAUUUCAGAUAUGAUUAAUAUCUACAUUUGUGUCAGCAUUAGAAGCUUAUGCUGUGUAGGUUAGACAGGGCUUUGCUGCUACAAGCUUUUGUCAGAAUUCUAUGAGCUAAUAGAAAAAAGCAGUUAGCAAAAAAUUGCACUUAUUAGUUUGCAUUAAUUGAUUGUAUCCAGAGAUAGAUUGUUACCACCAGGUGGGAAAGAGAUACUCAUAGUCCCACGCACCUGUGUUCAUCUAUCCCUCUCAUCCCUUCCCUCACUGUUCCUGCCCUCCCUUAUGUGUUCGGUUUUAGUAAAGCUCCCAGGUCAACGUGCAAUAGCUCAGUGACAUAUCACAUCCUGUGAUCCUCUCCUCUCAUCUCCUCACGACCGACAGUUGCAGCUCCUUCAUCUUCUUAUUCUCAGUGGCCAAAACAAAAAUACAAAACAAAUGGAAGAAAUGUAAUAAUCAUUGUUUGGUAACUGUUUCUAGUGCUAUGUUUUUGAAACAUUCUGAGUAUUUUCUAACAUGUUACAAUAAAAGAUUGUAGUGUACAAAUUCACAUUUAUAAAAUAUAAAUAUAUAUAUAUAUACAGAUAUAUAUGAAAUAUGUAUGUUCUAAUGCAAUAAAGAGAGAAUAAGACUUCUGUAUUGAAGUAGACUGAACGAAGAA